GGUGGGCUUCCCGAAUAAAACAACUUCGUCCGCAUCCUCCAAUCGGUUCCCUUCGUGGGCUUACCAAAAUCGAUCUCGCGACGCGUACCUCCGCCCCCAUCUCGCCCCACACGACGAAGCCGCCGCCUCCCAUCCAGUCGCCGGCGCGCCUCCGCCCAUCCCCUCCUCUGCCGCCGGGAUCUGCUGUGGUCCCGCAGGAUGACGCCGCCGCCCCUUCCAAAUCCGGCGCAGGCGGUGGUUGCCCGCGUCGCCGAACCUCCCAUCUCAAGAAAUAACUCCCUCAAGAACCCCUCGAUGGGAUCUGGCAGCAGGCUUCCCUCGGCCCCGCCAGGAGGAGCUCAAGCAGGUGCGCCUCGUCGGCGGAGCGGCCGCCGAGACUCACAUGGCGGCGGCGGGAGAGCUGGCGAUGCUAGAUGUGGAAACGCUGGCGCUGAUGGCGGCGGACCCGAGGCGACGCAGGUGGCCGUGUGCGGCAAGUUGGAGACGUUCAAGGAGAUCGUGCGGCCGCUGAAGCAGACAGACACCGCACAGCGAGCCGCGCUCCUCGCCGAACGAAGGUGACUGAAAUAGAUGUUGGUUGAGGAAGGGUCAGCUGGUGAUAAUAUGGCAUCUAGGGGAACAAAUCGAAGUAACCUGGACUGAGGCACCAUACACUGAAGAACUGUUUGGUAUCUGGACUCUGGCCAAAUGAGUGAACAAAUCAUUAUGAUGGAUAAGAGGUCAACUUCUGUUUUCAGGCACCAUACACCGUAGUCUGGAAAAUUUCAGUGAUCGAUCCUCAGGGUGGAGCUUGAUUAAAGUUGCUUCUCCGAAAGAAAAUUCAGACAUUGAUGAUUGGUAUUGAUCAGAUUUUUACAGAAGUCAAUCAUGUCCUGUUUGCAAGCGCUUCUGUUGCACAAGUUCAGGCCACCACAACACAUGAUGGGGAAAGUUGCUAUUGAGAGAACGAGAACUUGACAGGAGCAAAAAGAUAUGAGAGGGUAAACACUCAUGUUGGAAUUGGACUAACAGGACUACAUGGAGUAGGGUAGCACGAGUGACAUUAGAGGUUGACAGCUACAGAACGGGUCGACGAAUAAGGAAAAGAGGCGGGCGGGAAGAUUGGUUCUCACGAGACGAAGAUGAAGAAUAUCUCUAACCGGGAGAAAGAGAACCAAUGAAAACACGAGAUAGAUCAAAGAAGCGCGAGAGAAUGCCGUCGUUCUUGCGUUAUGUUUGAUGUUCAACUCAACAUAAUAUCAUUAGCUACAUUUACGAAAUAAAUAUUCAUGUGAUUGUUUUGUACACGCGCGUUCCGUAUCAGUUUGGAGAUGCAGUUAACCUGGUCAGAUCUGUAACACCUGCUUUUUCUUUGACUCCGGUAAGCUACCCCCUUCAUCGUUCGGUCUGAUAUCAAACGAGAAACGAAUCUGUGUCUUCCCGCUACAAGAAAGAGAGAGAUCCGCCCCUGUCCUACCAAUUCGUCGAACACCCUCCUGUCUGCCCGAACCAUGGCGCUGGCGCCGUCCAGCGCGACUCGGCAAGUUGAGGAUGCGGUCAUGGCGAGCCUCCGCGCCUGCGCCAGUUUCCGGGACCUCCUCCGCGUCCACGCUCACGCCGUGCGGCUAUCCCUCUCCCAGAGCAGCUACCUCGCUACCCAGAUCGUCCACCUCUGCAACGCCCACGGCCGUGUCGCCCACGCGACGCGGGUGUUCUCCCAGGUGCGCGAGCCCAACCUACACCUGCACAACGCCAUGAUCAAGGCCUACGCUCAGAACCACAGGCACCUCGACGCAAUUACAGUCUACAUUCGCAUGCUCAGGCGCCGUCCAUUUCCUUGGAUUAGCUGCACCGGCGGCGACCGGUUCACGUACCCGUUCCUGCUCAAGGCUUGCGGUGGUCUGAUGGCACUCGAUCUGGGAAAGCAGGUGCACGGGCACGUGGUGAGGUCCGGGUGCGAGUCCAAUGCCAUCGUGCAGAACUCCCUGAUCGAGAUGUAUACGCGCGCUGGCGAUCUGGUGCUCGCGCGUAAGGUGUUCGACGGAAUGCAGGAAAGGGAUGUGGUUUCCUGGAACACGGUUAUAUCGGCGCAUGCGAGGCUGGGCCAGAUGAGGAAAGCAAGGGCAGUGUUCAACUCCAUGCCUGAUAAGACGGUGGUUUCCUGGACUGCACUGGUGUCCGGGUACACGGCAGCGGGGGACUUCUCAGGCGCCGUAGAGGCAUUCCGGUUGAUGCAAAUGGAAGGCUUUGAACCGGACGACGUGAGCAUCGUGGCAGUGUUGCCGGCGUGUGCUCAAUUGGGAGCGCUGGAGCUUGGCAGGUGGAUAUACGCCUACUGCAACAGGCACCAAAUGUUGCGCGAGACAUACGUAUGCAAUGCGCUGGUGGAGAUGUACGCAAAGUGCGGGUGCAUCGACCAAGCACUGCAGCUGUUUAACGGCAUGGCAGAGAAGGACGUCAUCUCAUGGAGCACCAUGGUCGGCGGCCUCGCGGCGCAUGGGAGAGCGCAAGAGGCAGUCCAGUUGUUCACGGAGAUGGAGAGACAGGGGACGGUGAAGCCGAAUGGCAUCACAUUUGUCGGGCUUUUGUCAGCCUGCUCCCAUGCCGGGCUCCUGGACGAAGGGCUGGACUACUUCGACCGCAUGAAUGAUGUCUAUGGCAUCGAACCUGGAGUCGAGCACUAUGGCUGCAUCGUCGACCUCCUCUGCCGGUCAGGGCAGAUCCAACGUACGCUGGACCUCAUAAGCGACAUGCCCUUACCUGCCGACGCGAAGAUAUGGGGCUCAGUUCUCAAUGCAUGUCGCAGCCACGGGGAUGUCGACACGGCCGUGCUCGCUGCUGAGCGGCUUGUCGCACUGGAGCCGGAAGACGUGGGCAACCUCGUCAUGUUGGCCAACGUGUACGCCGCGGCGAGGCGGUGGAGUGAGGUGGCAAACACAAGGAAGGCGAUAAGGAGCAGGAGCAUGAGGAAGACGCCGGGAUGCAGCCUGAUCGAGGUGGACAACGUGGUGCAGGAGUUUGUCGCAGGGGAGGACCUGAAACCUGAAUUUGGUGGCCUUUCUGGCGUUCUGGACAUCCUGGCCUCGCAGCUUGCAGACGACGAUGCAAAUUUCAUCGAUUCAAUUUGUUUAGUUGAUGCGCAGAUGUCUGCAGCUGCAUCUGCAGCUGACUGGUGACCAUCAUAGAUGUUCUGUUGUGACUAGAGAAAAGAAGCAGGUUAAUUCAGCUGACUGGUGACCAUCAUAGAAAGUUGAAGUUCUCUGAACCCUGAAAGCUGCGACUGGACUUUUCCAAAGCCAGAACUCCGGAUGAUUUCUCCUCGCUCCAUUUCGACAAAAAUGAUUUCUCGGCGUUGGAAGAAGAAAUCGGAAAUUGGCAGGGACGUGCAAUGCUGGCCCUGUGGAGAAAGAGAAACAAAUAUUUGAAGCCCGGGUUCAUGAAGAUGAAAAGAAAUUGUUCUGAUAUUCCAGUAUGGUUUGGACUUGCAAUUUGCAAAUUGCAUUGGAGAGCGGGUAGGAUCGCUUUGGUCCCACAACCGGCAAAACUUGAAUUCAACAUCCUAAAUUUCUCAAACUGGUUCAACCUUGAUCCAAAAUGAAAUCCACAUGGCAUGCUGACCUGGCGGGAGUAAUCAGAUCUAGGAAGGCUUACCGGCGUCAGAGAUCAAAUGCCAGUGGUGACCACUGUUGAAUUGGGCAUUUGGCAAAGAUUGGAACGGCUGGGUCGAACCGCAUCCAUCAGAAAGCAGGCACUACAGUAAGUUGCCACAUCAGCAGAGUGCGUAUAGAAAUCAUGUAUGUAACUCACUAUAUAUUUUCCACUGUAGUUCACUGAUCUAGAUGUGCAUUUUUUUUAGUGUGGGGACUAAAUUGAACGAUCAAUGUUGCAUUUUACUCCCCUUAAUUCUUUUGCUAAUAUUUAUAUGAGAAAAACCUCUCUUUCUUUUGAUAA